CAUCUCGCAGCGCAUGAGUUACCUUGUGGCUGACAGUCAGCAGUAAAAGCCACACUGUUCGUUAAUGCUGUUAAGACAAUCUGUAGCUUUUCUCCGUUAUUGAUUUAAAAAAUGUCUUCACUCUUAAAGGUGGACAGUGAAAUCAAAUCAAAGGUUGAUGUUUUCAGGGAACGAAUCACAUCAGAGGCAGAAGAUCUGGUGGCAAAUUUCUUCCCUAAGAAAUUAUUAGAAUUGGACCAUUUUCUAAAGGAUCCUGUAAUAAAUAUCCGUGAAUUGAAAGAAAUCCAUUCAGAGAUAAAUUUGGCUGUGCCAGACCCAAUUCUGCUUUCAGAUAUUCAUGAUGGACUUGAGGGACAACAAAAUGCCAAAAAGAGAAAACUUGAAGAUGGUCCAGGAGAUGACAAAGUUAGUGGGACCAAGGUGUAUAUAAUGCCUGGUGGAAUGAUGAAAAGCAAUGGCAAGCUGGUGGAGCUGAUCGAGAAGGUUAAGCCUGAGAUCAGAACCCUCAUAGAGAAAUGCAACACUGUCAAGAUGUGGGUGCAGUUGCUGAUUCCAAGAAUAGAAGAUGGCAACAAUUUUGGUGUUUCAAUCCAGGAGGAGACUGUGGCUGAGCUCAGAACGGUUGAGGGAGAGGCAGCCUCUUAUCUGGACCAGAUAUCGAGAUACUACAUCACAAGAGCAAAGCUAGUUUCCAAAAUCGCUAAAUAUCCACAUGUGGAGGACUACAGGCGCACGGUAACAGAGAUUGAUGAGAAGGAGUACAUCAGUCUCAAGAUUAUAGUCUCAGAACUGAGAAAUCAAUAUGUAACUUUGCAUGACAUGAUCCUGAAGAACAUUGAGAAGAUAAAACGACCACGAAGCAGCAAUACAGAUGCUCUCUACUAAGAAUGCCCCCAUCUGAUCUCCUAGCUAGUUUGGAACCUUUUGGACUGGUUCUGAUGCCACUAUGAACCCCUUAAAACCAGGCCAGCUCAAUCAGGCCAUUAACAGAACUGUAAUAUAAGAUUAUUUUAAACCGUUAAAAAAAAAUAAUCUCCAUCCAUUUCCAAGUGGGCAGUGUUAAGGUAUGGAAAGUCUGAAUGUGCAUCAUGAGGAGUUUGCCUCAGUUGUUUUUCUUAUUUAAUUAAACAAAUAUCUUUAACGUUGGGGUUUCUUUUAUCUUUCACCAAACCAAAUGCAAAGUAGCACUGUUUGGGGGUAUGGAGUUUCUAAGGCAUUUUACAUGUUUUAGACUCAGUUUAGUGACUGAUGUGGAUGUAAGACACAAAUCUGUUUCUCCAGUUGAGUUCUGAAGUUUGAAGUUUUUAUCAAUGCUGUAUUUUACUUAUUUCACUCUGUUCAAGUCUAAGAUGAGCAGCUGUACUUCUGAAUCAUUUUACAUUCAUGAAUAUAGAUCUUAUUUCAUGAUGCUGCAAUGCAGGUAUAUUUUACUUUAUUUUUCAUCUUCAUUGACCCACCAAAUUCCAAAGCUUCAAAUGGCUCUUAUUUUUUGUCUGGUUUAAAAAGAUGUUUUGCUGAAUAAAAAUGUCAUUUUUUUUCCAA